ACUCCUGCCCCGCCAGUCAGUGAACAACCGGAGAGUAGCUAGAUUUACAGAACCGCCAGUGCACGUAGAAUCCUGCAUAUGUUUACACUGAGUUUAUGGAAGAGCACUGAGUACUGACGGGGAGCAUGUUCAAAACCGAGCACGUCUUAAGAAAGGUUAAUUGAAUCUCAGAAAUUACAGAAUCGAAAAAUCAGUGGAAGAAAAAUAGUUGAGCCGGGUCCGAUAGUCAGCGUGUGGGAAUGGCAGCUCCCCCGACGAUAAAAGGCAUCCUGAAAAACAAGAACAGCGGGACAAACGUCAAAUCCCUGCCCGAAGAAGUACCGGGAGACAGCCCUGAACAAGCCCCCGUACUCUUGGAGGAUGACCCACAGAAGAAAUCCCAGAAAUGGGAUGAGAUGAACAUCCUGGCCACGUACCAUCCGGCUGACAAAGACUAUGGUCUGAUGAAGAUAGAUGAACCCAGCACUCCUUACAACAGGAUGGUGGGGGACGAAGAUGAUGAAGGGGCGCUGAGUGACUCAGAUGGCCACAGCGGACUUGCAGCUGAUGACCUGGCUUCAAAACUGGUGGCUGCAGAGGGCUCAGAACCUCGCUUCAUGAAGGAAGAAGAAGAGGAAGACGAAGAGAGCAGCGAGGAGGAGGUAGAGGAGCUGAGUCCUGAAGAACAAGCCAAAAAGACGAAUUUUCAGAUGAUGAGGAAGAUGCACUACAAUGAGGGCCUGAACAUCAAGCUGGCCCGCCAACUCAUUGCCAGCGAGCUAGAAGAUGACGAGGAUGCAGACGAGGAGAUGAGGGACGACACUGAAGAGGCGAAGGAGGACACGGAGGAGAGGGAGGACACGGAGGAGAGGGAGGACACGGAGGAGAUCAGUGUUGACCCUCCACAGGAAGCUGAUUCUCUGGACUCGUAGAAGAGGCUUCUCUCCCACAUUCAGCCCUGUGUGUCGGCUCAAGAUCCGGACAGACAAUUCCGCGGUGCUCUGUUUUUUUUAAUGCCGGGCCGCACAGCAGACACCGCUUCACCACUCGUAUAAUAAACCUCAACAGCCAAUAACCUCCCGGUCACCUGUCUGUCUCUACUGUUCCUUAGAACUGUGCAAUAUAACCUUCAAACAACCUGUUUUUUAACUCCCAGAAGCAGUGCAACACACAAGAGAAGACUGUUGCUCCCUCCUCCUCCCCUCUUGCCAAGAAUUUCUCCCUCCUCUGGACUGGCAUCGCACUGAAAGAUAUGUGAUUCUGACCCUGAAAGGAAGAUCAAGGUCUUGUUAAAAAAUGAAGACAAAAAACUGCUGGAUACCAGGACUUCCGUCUGGCCACUCCACCACGGUUCUUCUGCAGGCCACAGAGCCAGUACGUCAGCCCUGGAGGAAGCCAGGGGAAACCCCACAGCCUCACAAAAGGCAUAUCUGAGACAUGACGACAGCGAUUAUACUAGGUGUUCUUCAGAAGGCUUUUAUUUGUUGUUGUGCCCUGUAACCCACCACUCUGUUGCAUUUUCGUUCCUCCUUCAGUACUUUUUGUGAUACAAUUAGAUGCUGUGACGACCAGUUGGGUUGUCAUCUUUGUUUUACCUUGCGAUUCAGGUACGCCAUUCAUAUUGGAAUACAAGUGUUAUGAUCAUUUAGGAGCUAUAUAUUAGUCUCUUAUUGCACAAGAAAACAUGACCUACAUAAUCUAAAUGUCAUGAUAAAGCAACAUCCACAUUUGACAUCAUACAGUACAUACUUCAUAUAUAACACAUAAUUGACACUUGAAUGCGAUGAUGUCUCACUUUGAUGCUUGCAGUCAAUUGUAUGGCUUUUUGGUUAAGAUCAAGUAAAACAACACAGCCCAUAAUUAUUAUUUGUAUAUUGCCAAUUUGCAGAUUUGUGACCUGUAACUUCAUAUCUACUUCUCUCUUUGCAAGCAAGAACACCACACCUCAAUUAAAAUUCUGGCAUUUACACAAAACAAACAUGAAUACCUCAUAAAACCAGACCGUAGGCCUUUUUUCCAAAAUGGAAUACAUUUGGCAUAUAGGUUGUCUAUCAAGAGACAUUUUUUUUCUCCCAGUAAAAACUAUUUUAAAUUGAUUUGGGGAAACAAGAUUGCAGGACAAGCUGGCAAUAUACAUUUCAAAAUGUUCAGUCAAGACUGAGUCAGGCUUAUGGCCCCUGUGUGUUUCCUGGCCACAGCAGAAAGGUAAUGCAUUGGCUCUUUACACAUUGUGUGUGUUUUAUUUGUAUGAAGGACGGUAUUGAAGUCCCACAUCUGAGGUACAGCACGAGCUACUGAUUAACAGGACACUGUGCCGUCUUUAACGAGUUACGGCUUUCAGCACCGGGCUCCAAUGUAGAUCUGACAAGGAAGAAAUAUUCUCGCUUCCAUGAUGUUAGUUGUCUUCUUGUUGCAUGGGAGCUUCACCAGACUGAAUUGUGUGUAAUUUAAUUCGAGGAAAGGUUCAAUCAUCUACUUUGUGUGUAAUUUCUCACCUGGUUUCAUCACAUUUGAUGUAAAGUUGUCGGAUCUACUUCAGUGUCUUGUACGACGCAGCUUGGGAAUGUCAAAGAAAAGUCGACAAAGUUAUCACGAGUCUUAAAUUGUCGCAUUUGACAAAAGUAUUGAGGUAAAAAAAAAAAGAAAGACUGAUCCUGGUGGUGCAACCUAAAUAGUACUUAUAUAGUAGUGGACUCGGUUUCUGGGGUGGAUUAUUAUGUUUACUAUGACUGCGCUAUACACUGUACGCCUUCACUUGACAAAGUGGAGGCAAGAACCGAAGGCCUGAGAGAAAAGUAUGUCGGAACCCUGAGUGUCUCAUGUUGUGUCCUCUUCAUUUUCUUCUGACCCGUUAAUUCCUCACUGUGAUGCAAGUGAACUCUUUAUUAUGGAAAUACAAAAGAUCACAGAGCAACAGUAUUUCUUCUGCAAACAUCCCUUUGCAGUUCACUUUGUUCUUGUCGUUUAGUAUUUGGUGGUGGGUUUUUCUUCUUCUCCAUGACGGAGGUUAAAGCAACUUCCUUUCGGCCAUUUCCACCAAUCAACAAGCUCGCAUUCGAGCAGUUAACUAUUACCCGAUUUUAUUGUGGCGAUACAGGAAUAUGUCUGGAAAUACAUAUUUUGACGAUACUGUACCUCUAUUCUGCUCACUGACUUUGUGAGCAGAUGGAAAAGACGACUGCAGAGAAGCUGAGAAGUUCGGUUUAUAUUCUCAUUUAAGACAAAAGGACAAUGUCCAAAACAUGACUGUCAUGGUCACCCUGUAGGUGGUCAUUACAUGUCAAAUGUGCCUCUUAUGUAUUUAUGUACAUGUGUGUAAAAUGAACAGGCUAUGCUCCAUGUCACUGUUUUACUUUUGCCUCACGUGUCCGCUGUCUGGCUUUUUGUCAUUGCGCCACUUCUGCCCCGUUUGGUUUGUUUUCUAAGAAUUACAGACUGUUGAACACUGUGUGUCGCUCUCAGAAAUGACGUGGACGUUGAAGUCACGUGUUUUUGUAUUUCCAGUUUGCAUGUCCUUAAUCAUCGGAUUGUGUGUAUUCCGUUUUGUUUUUGUCUCCUUUCAUUAAACUAAUGUUGUUGGGAACGAG